AAGAAAAUGGACUCUCCUCUCCUGUAGAUCAUUCUGCAACUCGUUUCAUCUACAAAACUGUAAGACAGUCUUGAACGUAUUUCUAGUUACAUUUAGAGUUUGUGAAUGACCAAAUAGAUUCUUGAGAUAGCUAAUAAACAAGUCCAUUUGUGGGCUCAGAAUGUUGAUUUCCAAGUUUACAAUUCUGUUUUCAGUGAUGACAAUGUUUUUCUUUUGCUCAAGCGCGGCCUGCCCUGGUGGUUGGUUUGGUGACAAAUGCCAGUAUUUAUGCCACUGCGACAGUUCCUGUGACAACACUGGAGAGUGUGCAGGACGAGGCCAUUGUAAGAGUGGCUGGUUCGGACCCCAGUGUCAAUACAAUGACCUAGCAACAGAUGCCACUGUCACGGGUCAGCCUCCCUUGUAUUCCAACUGGUUAACAGACAGAGAUGAUUUUUUAUGUAACACGAACCCAGAGUUUCAGACAAUAACCUUCACAUGGAAACAAUCCAACCCAGUGACCUGGUUCAGAUUAGUAACUUACGACUUAUCAUUGUUACUUAGUCUGAAAGUGAGCUUCAAGAAUGUGAGCCAGUCCAGCCUCCAAGAACUGCCUUGUGACCAUCAACAAGUGAUUGUCUCAGGGGACAGAACUAUCGACAUCUCUUGUGACCUGAAGGUGACAGUGCAGCAUAUGAUUUUGAGAAAUGUUAAAUCGUUAUGCUCGGUCUACAUCAGUGGAGGUCGAAACUUUGCAAUUAAAAUGCAAACGAGUCAAAGCAGCACCUACACUGAAAUGGGCAUACGCUUUGAGUCAUGGAAAGCCGUGGAUGGCGACACACACCAAAUGUUCAACAACAAAAGCUGUACUCAUACGAAUAACAACGACCACGCACCACACUGGACAUUGACAUUUGACCACCCCAUAGUGGCUAAAACCUUCUAUUUGUACAACAGACAGGAACCUUCUGAUUAUACUGGACACGAAAUCUUACCUUAUAGAUUGAAGAACUUUCUCUUAGUGACUAAAAAUGAGCUACAUCAGGUGAUCCUUAACUACAAAGAUCCAUUAAGUACUGCGCAAUCGAUCUAUAGGGUAAUAUAUAUAAGAAACCAGCCAAUUGUUGAAGUCCAAAUUUCUGCCACAAUCAUCAAUAGUAUAGAUACAACACCAAUUUUAACUCUUUGUGAAGUGGAGAUCUAUGGAGAAUGCCCAUUUGGAACCUGGGGUCUAGCGUGCGACAAAGCCUGUCCAGCAGAAUGUUCUGAUUGGUGUCACCAAGGUGAUGGAUCCUGUAACACUGUCUGUGUGGGUCAAAGCGACCCUCCUCUCUGUACAAAAAACUGUGUGAGCACCAAGUGGGGUUUGAACUGCGCUUCUAGCUGUAGUGACCACUGUGUCGAUCAACUCUGUCACAGACUUACAGGUGAAUGCAGUCAAGGUUGUCAUGGUUACGAAGAUCCUCCUCUUUGUACCCAAGCUUGUCACCCUGGCUACUGGGGUGAGAAUUGCACACAGCCAUGUAGCCCUCAUUGUGACCAGGUAAUAUGUAAUGGACAAACCAAAGAAUGUUUAAAUGGAUGUAAAGAAGGAUUUCAGUUGCCAGAUUGUACACUUCAAUGUCCCGAAGGAUUCCAUGGCAAGAACUGCUCGAAUAUCUGUCCAUUUCAUUGUGUUAAUGGUCUGUGUGACCCAGUAACAGGAUACUGUCGCUCUUGUAGCCCUGGAUUCCAAGGACACUUCUGUGAUCAAGAAUGCAAUGUAGGCUUCUGGGGAGACAACUGUUCUCAGUUAUGUAGCAACCACUGUGAUCAGUUAAAAUGUAAUGGACAAACUGGUGAAUGUUUACAUGGUUGCCAGGAAGGAUAUCAACUGCCAAGCUGUACUACAAGUUGCCAGCAAGGCUUCUUUGGGAAAAACUGUUCCAGUAAAUGCUCCUCAAACUGUACUGAAACUCAGUGUGAUCCACUGACUGGGGUCUGUUUAUCUUGCCAUCCAGGAGUACAGGGGCACUUUUGUGAUCAAGAAUGUAAUCCAGGAUUUUGGGGAGACAACUGUAAACUUAAAUGCAGCAAUCAUUGUUACCAGGUGAUAUGUGACGGGCAAACCGGUGAAUGUAAACAAGGCUGCCAGGAAGGAUACCAGCUGCCAGAUUGUACCACAGUAUGCUUAGACAAUGUCUAUGGAAGAAACUGUUCACUCAGUUGUUCCAAUCAUUGUGUUGAUGCCAAAUGUAAUGGAAUUACUGGUCUAUGUUUUGAAUGUCUUCCUGGAUUUCUUGGAGGCUUUUGUGAACAAGACUGCCCACCUAAAUUCUAUGGUCAAGACUGUGUUAAGAAGUGCAAUGACUCCUGUGUAGACCAGUUAUGUCAUCCCCAGACUGGAGAUUGUUUCAAUUGUUUUAUUGGCAAAGGUGGACCUCAGUGUGAUGACUGUCCACUAGGAACUUAUGGGGACAAUUGUGCCUUGAACUGUAGCUCUAUUUGUAAACUUGGAACUGGAUGUGAUCCAAUGUAUGGAACUUGUUUUGAAGGGAACUAAUUCUAACUAGAUCUAAAAACUUACAGUUAUGUACAUUUCAAUAAACCUAGCUAUAGAUUCGUCAAACUAAUAUCUAGUAUUAUACUCGACUCUAUAUACAAAUAUCUAAUACUAUACUAGACUCUAUAUACUAAUAUAAAAUAUUUAUUUUGAAUGCUAUAUUGUAUAUUUAUAAUGAAAUACAACUGCUAUUUCUUAUCACGGUAAUCAUUUUAUCAAUUUAUAUUCAAAUGUUCAACAUAAAGUACAGGAACGAAAUGCAUCAAGAAAUCCUUUCAGAUAAUGGACGUAGACAUUCAUAACAUUGUUAUCUCUAACAAUGCCAUCCUAAAUGGUGUGCAUUUUAUAAUUCCUCAACACUUGGGUGGUGUCAGAGCAUUCUAAAUCUCAUGGUUCAAAAUCUCAGUCUUCACCAGAAUUGAAAAUCAGAAGCCCCUCAGUUCGGAAGUCAAGUGCUCUAACAGUCCUACACAACUCUAGAGCGUACCUGACAUAUGUUGGGAAAGUAAAGACAAUUGGUUGUUCUCACCAAAAAAAAAAAGUUCCCCCUUCAAGACUUUGCGAUCUAUAUGGCAGAUGAUGUUAAGGCCAACAGUUAACGAGCAGGGUGUCAAGUGGCCAGCACAACAAUCAACUGUCUUUAAUUUCCCCAAAGUUAAAUCAGGUACCAAUAAUGGACUCAAAAAUCCUUAAAAAUCCCAAAAUUCAAUAUCCCAGUCUUCAUUGAGAUUCAAACUCAGGUUCGAAGCCAGGCGCUUAACCACUCAGCCACUGUGUCCCCCACCAAAGAAACAAAUGAGGUAAAGAAUAAUCUGCCCCCAUUAUUGCAAGGUCUGAAAGAGCUACCUUUACCUUUUAUGAAAUGAACAGUGAAAGAUUUGAAAUGACUUGCACAAUGGCAAUCAUUUUGUGUGUGGACUGCUUGCAUUGUGUAAAAUACGAGGUGGACAUGUUUGAGAAAUAAACAACUUUAGGAACUCG